AUGCAUGGCUUGGGUGAUGAGGACAUCUCUGACUAUAAAGUAGUCAUUGACAUGCCAGUGUUUGGAUCGCUUACCCUGCUAGAAGAAGGUAUAGCCAGACCCCCGUUCUAUGAACCACAAGAUGAACCAGACGAAGCACCAGAUGAACCUGAUGUGGCACCAGAUGAACCACAAGAUGAACCACAAGAUGAAGCACAAGAUGAUCCACAAGAAGAAGCACAAGAUGAACCACAAAAUGAACCCUACGAAGCACCAGCUUAUCCACAAGAUGAACCCUACGAAACACCAGAUGAACCACAAGAUGAACCACAAGAAGAAGCACAAGAUGAACCACAAAAUGAACCCGAUGAAGCACCAGAUGAACUACAAGAUGAAGUGAACCCAAUGAAGCAUCAGAUGAAGCACAAGAUGAACCACUCUAAUAUCUCGGUUGCGUCCGGCCAGUCCACAUAUUAA